AUGGCAGAACCAUCCACCGCCGAAACCACCUCCGCCAGCGAUGCUCAUCCGCCGGCGCCAGCUUCCUCGUCGCUCAACGUCCUCGGAUUAACGAUUGACGAGAACAAGAAGCCUUCUCCCAAGUUCUUGGACGAGCCUGAAGACUCCAACAUCCAAGCGGUUUCGUCCGGCGACACUCCGUACACGUCAGCUACCACCUUCGAAGAACUGAAUCUCUCACCGGAGCUUUUGAACGGACUCUACGUGGAGAUGAAGUUCCAUAAACCUAGUAAGAUCCAAGCCGUAACCUUGCCUAUGAUCUUGAAUCCUCCGAAUAGGGAUUUGGUCGCACACGCGCAUAACGGUUCCGGAAAAACCACGUGUUUCCUUCUUGGUAUGCUUAGUCGAGUUGAUCCAAAGUUGCAGGCUCCUCAAGCUUUCUGCAUUUGCCCAACCAGGGAGUUGGCUAUUCAGAAUACUGAAGUUCUCCGAAAGAUGGGAAAGUACAUGGGGAUUAGCUCAGAAUGUGCUAUACCAGCAGACAGUAGUGAUGCUUUGCCGAUAGCGAAACGGGCACCGAUUAUGGCUCAAGUGGUUAUUGGGACCCCUGGCACGAUUAAUAAGUGGAUGGCUUAUAAGAAACUUGGGGUGACAAGGUUGAAGAUUCUUGUUUUUGAUGAGGCUGAUCAAAUGCUUGCUCAGGAUGGAUUUAAAGAUGAUUCCCUGAGGAUAAUGAAAGGAAUAGAAAAAGUCAAUUCUAACUGUCAGGUUCUUCUGUUUUCUGCUACAUUGAAUGACAUUGUCCAGAAUUUUGUUUCGAGGACAGUCAAGCAGGAUUAUAAUACACUUUUUGUGAAGGAACUAUCUUUAGAUGCCGUAAAGCAAUAUAAAGUUCAUUGUCCUGAUGAACUCUCUAAGAUUGAAAUGAGAAAAGAUUACAUACUCGAAAUAGGAGAGAAUCUGGGGCAAACUAUAAUAUUUGUGCGCACAAGAAAUAGUGCAAAAAUGUUACAUAAAUCACUUGUCGAAAUAGGAGAGAAUCUGGGGCAAACUAUAAUAUUUGUGCGCACAAGAAAUAGUGCAAAAAUGUUACAUAAAUCACUUGUUGUCGCUGUCGCUCCUGUUGUCGCUCCCGUCGCCCCAAGUAAGGGAGUCGACAAGGGAAAAAGGAAAGUGGUGAACAUUGUUAAAAGGAAGGUCCGGUCUGCAGCGGAUAUUCCUGCCGAGGAGCUUGCUAGGAGGACUGGCGGCCCGGUUAUUAAGGAUGUGCAGGAGAAUGCCCAGAGUUUGGCGGUCAACCCUUCUGCACCUGAAGUUAUUCCUCCUAAACCAACGUAUUCUGGAAGGAAGAGGGUUGCUAGCGAGGAUUUAAGCUCGCCUAAAGGAGCUAAAACGAUUAGGGUGGAGCCGACUGAGUCUGGUCAAUCAGGUGGUAGUCUCUCGUUUGCCAUGGAGAGUUUCUCGGACGCCCCUGUUGUCGCUCCCGUCGCCCCAAGUAAGGGAGUCGACAAGGGAACCCGGGAGGCUACUCUUGCUAUUGACAACCGUUGUUCUACCCAGCAUGAUGACUUGGUACAGAAAGGGCGCAAGAUUGAGUCCUUAACGGCCGAGAUCAGGCGGUUGGGUAAGGAAAUUAGUGACCUGAAGGCAACCAAUAAAACUUUAUCUGACAGCAACCAAGAACUGAAGGGGGCUAGUGACGUGGUGCAACGCCUAUCGCAGGAGAAUGAUGAUAAUCUUGAUAAUCUUAUUCUAAGUAAUCUUGCUUGA